CGAGAUCUCUUGAUUUUCUGUUUCUUGGAAAAUUUUAUCAAGAUGUUUAUUUAUUCCUAUUGCAAGGAUUAUGAUUUCGGAUUCUGCAAGAUAUUUCCCGAAGAUUCUUCUCAUUGCAUUGAAUGCAUUCGAUUAAGCUGCUCUAAGUGCAAUAUCAUAAGCUUUUCUCUCGAAGAGCUUUGCAAUAUCGCUAUUUAA